AUGGUUAUGUCAGAGAAAGCCCCCAUCACUAUGCCUCCAAAGGCUGCCAUGCGCAACACACCGACUGUGAGCGAGGCCACUCUUACCAACGGAGACAAAAUCAGUGAGAAAUGCUACUCUAAGGAAACCGAAUCCUUACAUAUCGACCUCGAAAAGGAGAUUGAUGUGGAGGCACAGACCCAACACCUCACCCAGCGGAAACCCAAGUUGUUUGCAUCCACCAGAUAUGCCAUUCUCACACUAUACCGGCGUCUUUUUACCUUGGUCUUCUCCGCCAACGUCGCAAUGUUCGUGUACGUCAUGAGCACCGAACAGAAAGUUUUGGCCCUCGUCAAUGCCAUAGCUGCCAAUUUGCUUGCUUGCGGUUUGGCCCGUCAGCCACUAGUGGUCAACGCUAUAUUUGUCCUUGUGUGUUCAAUGCCGCGCUCGGCACCACUUCCCCUCCGUCGUAUCGCCGCCAAAGUCUACCAUUAUGGUGGCGUUCAUAGCGGGUGUGGAGUCGCUGCCCUGGUGUGGUAUGUGGGAUUCGUGGGUGUGUUAUCCCACCAAUAUUGGAGGCCAUCCGCGGACGGUCUGGAUGACGGUCUUUCAGCAGCGCCGGUUGCGCUAGCUUACGUCAUAUUGUUUCUGUUACUCGCAAUCAUCGUGGUGGCUCACCCCGCCUUCCGGAUGAAACGGCAUGAUUAUUUCGAACUCACCCACCGUUUUUCGGGGUGGCUUCUGGUGAUCUUGUUUGUCGCCCUGCUGCUCGUCUUCUCGAAAAGCGCUAGUCAGGCCAUAGGCCAACCACUUGGAACAUUCCUCGUCGAACUACCAGCAUUCUGGUUUUUGAUGUUCACGGUAGCUGCCAUUGUCCAGCCUUGGCUAUUCCUCCGUAAGGUCGCGGUGCGGGCCGAGCCACUCUCAACCCAUGCCACUCGUCUGCACUUCGACCAUGCUAUUACCACAUUUGGAAAGGGCAUCCAACUAGCCAAGCACCCCCUUCGAGACUGGCACGGAUUUGCCACCUUCCCUGACCCUGCCCCGGCAGGUGUCCACGGCAACCCUAGCUUCUCUUCUUUGGUGUCCAAAGCCGGCGAUUGGACCACAGAAACAAUCCAGAACCCCCCUACUCACCUCUGGAAGCGAGGUGUGUUGAUUUAUGGCUUCGCAUAUGCCAUGCGUGUGUUCAAGAGAGUGAUAGUUGUUACAACCGGAUCAGGCAUCGGACCCUGUCUGUCAUUCCUUGGUGAUGAUAACCGACCCGCACUGCGUGUAAUCUGGCAGACUCGGGCCCCUCGCCGGACCUACGGUGACAGUGUGAUGAGCCUAGUCCACAAGAUGGAUUCAACCCCCAUCAUCCUUGACACCGACAAGUGUGGGCGUAUGAACAUGGUUCCCAUCAUCUUGCAGCAGAUUAAGGACUUCCAAGCUGAAGCAGUAUGCGUGAUCAGCAACCCUGUACUAACGACGCGAAUCGUCUAUGAGCUCGAAGCGCGAGGGACCCCGGCGUUUGGCCCGAUUUUCGAUUCUUGA